AUGUCGACUUUCGUUCUCUUCUGUCUUCUUUCUCUCUUCUUUGGAGUUGCAUUUCCAGCCUUCUUAGCACCCAUUACGACAGACUUGCCCAGUAAAAAGUACAUGCUGAGAAUUUACCUAAAAACCCCUCCACAGCCCGCAAAUUUACUUCUUGACAUCAGCGCUUCCUUCAGUACUUUAGUCUACUGUAGUCACAGCCAUUACAGCUCCUUCGGCUCCACUUCAUGCAAACUUAGGUCUGCUUCUCCCGGUCCGGUUUGUUCCAGUGACUCGCUUUCUAUGCCCGUAACCGACGGCCGGAAUCCGGGUCAACUUGGUGAGAUUCCGGGGUUCAUAUUUGCAUGUGGCAAAAGGUCUUUACGCAAAGGCCUUGUUAAGGGUGCUGCCGGUUUAGCCGGUCUGGGCCGGUCUAAUUUGUCGAUCCCGGCGCAAGUCAGCAGUUUUUCCUCUGAGAACUUGGUGUUUGCGCUUUGCUUGUCCGGUUCACCCUCGGCUCCUGGGGUGGCGUUUUUCGGUUCAGGUGGCCCGUAUUACUUUCUUCCCGAAAUUGACCUCUCAAAAUUCCUUAAUUACACCCCACUCCUGUCGGAUCCAGCUGGUAGUGGGAGCACGGUAAUAAAUUACUCCAACCCCUCGAACGAGUAUUUUAUUGGUUUGACGGCAAUAAAAGUCAACGGGAAGGCCGUGAAGUUCAAUCAGACGCUUCUGAGCAUUGAUGAGAAGGGAUUUGGUGGGACCAAGUUGAGCACGGUAACUCCAUACACCUCGCUGCACUCUACAAUUUACCGGGCAUUGACUGAGGCGUUUGUCAAUGAAUCAGCUGCGCUCAAUCUCACUAUAACACAACCUGUAAAGCCAUUCAACGUUUGCUACAAUGCGGAUGAGGUUAUGAGUACGCGCAUAGGACCGGCAGUUCCCACCGUGGAUUUUGUGCUGCAAGAUGAUGAUGUGAUUUGGAGAAUUUUUGGGUGGAAUUCAAUGUUCAGAAUCUUUCGUGAUGGUGUGGAUCUCUACUGUUUGGGAUUUUUGGAUGGUGGGCCUAACCCAAGAUCGUCGAUCGUGAUUGGAGGGCACCAAAUGGACGAUAACUUGUUACAAUUUGAUCUGCAGUCCAACAGGCUAGGGUUUAGUUCUUCCCUUUUAGUACAUGGUACGAUGUGCGCUAACUUUAAUUUUACAACCAACAAUAACUUGAGAUAG